AUGGGUAUUCAUGGUAUCUACAAGGAGAUCGGCCCCGGAAAGCGCGUAGCCCUGUCAAAGCUCGCCGUCGAAAAGUUCGAAGAGACCGGACGGCCUCUGCGCAUUGCUAUCGACACAUCAAUAUGGCUUUUCCAGAUACAAGCUAGUAAAGGCGGCACCAACCCGGCGUUGCGCACCUUCUAUUACCGCCUCCUUCGCCUCAUCUCGCUCGCCAUCCAUCCCGUCUUCGUCUUCGAUGGACCAAACAAGCCGCCCUUCAAGCGCAACAAACGCACCGGACCAAAUGUCGCAUCCAUCCCCGAAUUCCUCGCAAAGCAGCUGUUGAAGCAAUUUGGAUAUCCGAUACAUCUUGCGCCGGGUGAAGCUGAGGCAGAAUGCGCGCUACUUCAGCGAGAGGGAAUAGUGGAUGCGGUUUUGAGUGAAGAUGUCGACACACUCAUGUUUGGAAGUGGCAUAACGAUACGCAACUGGUCACCGGAGAAGACGGGAAAGACGCCAACACACGUCAACGUAUACGAUGCGGUUGAAACAAAGAACGGACCGUCAGGAUUGGAUCGCGAGGGCAUGAUACUCGUCGCGCUCAUGAGUGGAGGAGAUUACGUCCCUGAGGGUAUACCUGGAUGUGGCCCAAAGACUGCAUGCGAGGCUGCGAAGGCAGGUUUCGGCGCCGACCUUUGCAAGAUCCCGAAGAACGACGCCAGAGCCAUGUCGCAAUGGCGAGAGCGACUGCAGCAUGAGCUGAAGACGAACGAGAGCAAGCACUUCAAGCGCAAGCACGGUGCACUGAAGAUCCCAGACGACUUUCCGCGUUUGGACAUCCUUGGAUACUACACACACCCGGCCAUUUCGAAUCAAGCGGGAUUGGAUAAACUGCGCCGAUCGAUCAAAUGGGACCAAGAUUUGGAUUUCUCGGGCUUGCGCGAGUUUACACACGAUGCGUUCGACUGGGUCAAGCUCGAAGGCGCAAAGCACUUCGUCCGCAGUUUGGCACCUUCGAUGGUUGUGCGCCAGCUACGUAUACGCGCUGGAAACCUCGAUCGACUACCUACGAACAACAUCCAGGCGGUACAAGAGGACGAAUCUCUUCUCAUCAAAGGCCUGCAUGGCAAGCGACAGCAUUCGGUCACGGACAACUGCACAGAAUUGCGAGUAAGCUUCACGCCCAUUGAGCUUGUCAAGAUCGACCUUAGUAAGGAGGAUCCAGACGAUGAUGUGGAAGUACCACCUAGUUCUCAGCAAGCCGGGGGUGAUGCGGAACUCGACGAUGAAGAUCUAGAAGAUGAAGGUCCUAAGAAGCGUGGACCUACAAAGUUCGACCCAGAGAAGGCUGCAAGAAUCUGGGUGAUGGAGACCUUCGUCAAGGUUGGUGUGCCGCUCACGGUUGAAGAUUGGGAAGCCGGGCGACAGACGAAACUGAAACCCAAGCGAGCAGCAACUGUGCAAGAGCCUGGCAAAGCGGCGCCAAAGGCCAAGGCUGCUCCUAAGCGAACAAAAACAGCCGGUGAUCAACCGCAGGCUCGCAUCGAAACCUUCGCCAAGGUAACGAAACCGGGCUCGAAGCUCUCGCGAGCUCUCGCAAAGACACAGGACAAGGUUGCUGAGGUCGCUGUACCUGUCCCACAGUCUGCACCACAACAAGACGAUGUGAUUGACCUUCUCUCUUCCUCGCCAGUAAGGACUCGGGAUAUUGUACAGCCGCCACCACCUGAACGCGAGAAGUCGGUGUCUCCCCCCAUUGCAGAUCUGCCUCCAAGUGUGAGCAAGCGGAGAAGACGAGCCCCGAUUCAACGCUCCAAAACACUUCCCGCUGAUAUCAAUGCGGUUCCUGAACGACCAUCGACGCCUCCUCUUCUGAACACGAUAGAAACACUAGACUUGGUGGAUUCGCCUGCCCAUCCCUCACCCUCACAAUUACCCGCGAAGAAGGCGAGGACACGAAGGACCAAGGAUGCGCCGGCUACAACAGCGUCCCGAGAUACUUCUGUAGCCUUGUCCCCCAGCAAAUCGAAGCAGUCGACGUUGGAUGCAUGGCGAGCAUCAGUGACGCCGACUAAGCGACGGGGCGUGACACCAGCCGUCAAUGCAGCGCCACCACCCCAACUUCGCUCCCUGUCAGAAGAAGUCGACUCGCUAGACUUGACGCUUUCGUCGCCGUACCGGCGCAAUACCAACUUCGAACACGUCCACGACGCGUCCACCAUUAACAUCGAUAUCGUCGAAUGCGUCGCAUACAUCCACAAAUUCGGCAUCAUCAACAGCCUCCUCAUCCAACAAGAAGAAGAGUAUAAGAGACAAUCACCAACGGCUGAUACUCUUGACCUCACAUCGCCGGAACCUAUCCUGCCGAGACCGCGAUCCGCAUCACCAAAUGUCGAAACGCUUGAUCUUACUGGACUGUCAUCCCCUGUAGUCGAGCACGACCCAGCACCGACAGCACCUGCCCCAGCAUCCCCUCCACCGACCUCGACCUCACCUUCCUCUCUCCGCCGCUCACCACGUGAUCACAAAUCUACAUCACCACAGCCGCCAUCUCGCAACUCCCCGCCAGCAGCAUGGAAAGCGCGAGAGAAGAAGAAACGCGCAAUCGUACUGCGGAAGAGUGUAGUCGGCGCCUGGACUUAUGUAGAUGUCGAUAGUCCGGAGAAGACAGUAGAUGGUGAAGCAGGACUUGUGCUCAAGGGCAAGGAGAGACGGAAAUGGCGCGAGAGUGCUGUUGAGAUGUUGGAUCUGACAUAA